ACAAGACCAGCCCCGACUCCAGGGGGUACAGUUGUCCUCCCGGGGGCCUCCCAGGGGGCCCCCCUGGGGGCCCCCCUGGGGGCCCCCGGGGGGGGCCCCCUGGGGUGCCUCUCGGGGGCCUCUCAGGCCGCGGGGGGCCCCUGUGGUUCCCCAAGUGGGUACCGAAGACGUUCUUGCUGCUCGUCAAGCCCAGGAGGAGAUUGUGGGGCCCCGGGGGUCCCUGCUGCGCAGGCGCAGCCGGCACUGCUGCAGCAGCAGCAGCUGCAGCAGCAGCAGCGGCUCAGGCUGCUGCAGCAGCGGCCUGCGCUGGCUGCGCAGCGGGCGCUGCUGUGGUCUUCUGUAG